CGUCCGUUGCUGAAAUAUGUCGUCCAUGUAACGCCAAUGCUGUUUGUGUGAUUACGCCGUCUGGAGAUAUGAUCAUAUGAAAUUAUCAUUUUCAUCACGAUAAAGAGAUUCACAGAGCAACAAUAAAGAGACUACAUAAGUCAGUGUAUUAUAUGCAAGCAAGAUGGCAUCCCCUUCACCUCAUGACCGCAGCCGAAAAGAUGAUGAGGAUGACCCCGUUGAACAGAUGAUCUCCCGCACUGGCUGUGCUGAGCUGCAUUAUGCUGUGCAGGAAUGUAUGGCCGAACAUCAGGACUGGCGAUCCUGCCAGAAGCAGGUUCAGGCUUUCAAAGACUGCAUGAUGAAUUUCCAAAGUUCUCGGAAAGAACAACUGAAGAAGCAACAGCAAAUGGAAACUGAGUCUGCAACCAGCUGAACUCACAAGUCCAAACACAGGACCUGAUUUUAAUGUGCAAAGACUACCUAAUUUAAUUACUUGUGAUGAAAAUAAAGUGUGAGCAACUUCAUAA